AAUACCACCCGAAAACACUUCACAUCACUCUGGGUAUUUAUUGAAAGAAGGGGGUAGUCCGACCAAACAUUGGAAUCAUUCUUGAUAAAAAGCCAACGCAGUUCUCUAACGAUGCUCGACGAGGUGAAGCAUGUUCUGCUGGUGCUGUCGGGCAAGGGUGGCGUUGGCAAGUCAACCGUGAGCACCCAGCUAGCUCUGGCCCUCAAGGUAGCCGGUUUCAAGGUGGGAAUUCUCGAUGUCGACCUGUGUGGUCCCAGUGUCCCUUAUCUCCUCAAUAUUGAGGACAAGGAUGUGCAUCAGUCCUCAGAAGGAUGGAUUCCAGUGUAUACUGAUCAGGAUCAGACACUUGCUGUCAUGUCAAUUGGAUUUUUACUGAAAAAUCGUAAUGAUGGGGUUGUCUGGCGAGGACCCAAGAAGACUGGUAUGAUCAGACAGUUUCUUACUGACGUCGUCUGGAAGGACAUUGAUUAUCUGAUCAUCGACACGCCUCCUGGCACCUCGGACGAGCACAUAACUGUUAUGGAGAAUCUGAGAGAUGUUAAGUGUGAUGGGGCUAUUAUCGUUACUACUCCACAAGCUGUUGCUGUUGAUGAUGUCUUGAGGGAAAUCACAUUUUGUAGGAAAACAGGAAUUCCGGUUAUUGGAAUUGUGGAGAAUAUGAGUGGAUUUGUCUGUCCAACAUGUUCGGAAUGCACAAAUAUUUUUUCGUCUGGCGGAGGUAUCGCCCUAUCCGAGAUGGUAAAAGUUCCAUUUCUAGCUAAACUGCCCAUCGACCCGGCAAUCGGAAAAUUUGCUGACAAGGGCCAAAGCAUCCUGGUAACACUUCCUGAUAGUCAAGUUGCCCAAGUGUUCAGGAAACUCGUUGAGGAGCUCACCAAAAGCAAGGAAGCUUGAACUAAAAAACCUCUCUAAUGCAUUACCGAGUGGAUGAACUGUGUGAUUAUUAUGCGAACGUAUGAUACCCAUUAAUAUUUUUUUAUUUAAAAUAAACUCGGACUCUGUGAGCAAGUAGAAUGAGAGAAUUUAUAUGUUGAAAAUUAAUUUCUGUGAAUAAUUCGCGUUGUAAACUCGCAUGUUAUAACUUGAUUAUUUUACUUAAACACAGAGAUGUGGAUAUUAUCUUUUAUAUCUUGUAUAUUUUCAGAAAAAUAUUCUAAAGGUGUUUUAUACAGUGAAGUAACAUCGAAAAUAUUUUUUAUAUAAUGUUGAUGGUGGAAUGGUGUUCAAACAAUAUUAAUAAUAAAAAAGAAACAUUCGAUAAGGCACGAA